AUGGAAGGCCCGGUGGACCAGCAGAGGCUGAGGGAAUUGGCAAGCCAAAGAGAGGAAAGCUGGGCAUUUGUCUGCUUCAGAACAAAACAGGGGCAAAUGAGAUCACAGAAAACCCACAUUCGGCAAGGAAAAAGAAGAAGAGAGCAGAAGAAUGUGCGGAAUGUGGAAAGACAUCCUCGGCAAGCCUUUGAGCGGGAACGAUACCCAGGCAUUGCCGCCAGGGAAGAACUGGCACGUCAAACAGGGAUUCCAGAACCUCAGAUUCUGGUGUGGUUUCAGAACCGACGAGCUCGGCACCCAGAGCAGAAGGGAAGUGGGUCUGCCAAUGUGCCCGGAGUAGACCCCAAUUCUGCAAAAGGCCUACCACUUCCAUCGGACCAGGGCAUGCCAACCACUGCCCACAGCAGCCCUACUCACAGUGCUCCUCCUCCUCCCUCUAACCCACCAAGGGAGAACAUGCUGUCCAUCACCCCCAUGGUGGCCACUGCUGCGAUCGCCCCCAAAUUCAUAGUUCCUGGGGCUCCCACAGCAGGCUGUGAGGGCCAGAGCCUGCCCAUGAUCUUCAUCAUGGCCCAGCCAAGUCCAGUUCUGCAGCCACCCCUUGCCAGUCCUGCAGAGCCCCUGCCACUGCUGGACCCAGUGAAGACCUGCACUUAUGCCAGGCCAGAAUGGGCCCAGGCAUCCUCAGCUCAAGUCACCAGUGAGAAGCCUGUGGAUGGGGCCAUGCUGCAGCCUGCACAGGCUGACACACUUAUCUGCCCCCCUCAUCUGGCCCCCUCAAAUGAAGAGCUGUGCCCUCCCAUUGACCUGCAGCAGAACAAGCCCUCAGCCUUCCAGGGCUCAUCAAACCUCCUUGAGGAAAUUAUGGCAGCUGCAGGCAUUCUGCCUGAGGCAGGGCCUCUUCCAGAUGUGGAUGAACAGGAAGAGCUUCCCCUAGGAGACCUGGAAGCACCCCUCAGUGAGGAAGAUUUCCAGGCCCUCCUCGACAUGCUGUCAAGCUCCCCAGACAUCCUUCGGCAAGCCUUUGAGCUGGAACGAUACCCAGGCAUUGCCGCCAGGGAAGAACUGGCACGUCAAACAGGGAUUCCAGAACCUCAGAUUCUGGUGUGGUUUCAGAACCGACGAGCUCGGCACCCAGAGCAGAAGGGAAGUGGGUCUGCCAAUGUGCCCGGAGUAGACCCCAAUUCUGCAAAAGGCCUACCACUUCCAUCGGACCAGGGCAUGCCAACCACUGCCCACAGCAGCCCUACUCACAGUGCUCCUCCUCCUCCCUCUAACCCACCAAGGGAGAACAUGCUGUCCAUCACCCCCAUGGUGGCCACUGCUGCGAUCGCCCCCAAAUUCAUAGUUCCUGGGGCUCCCACAGCAGGCUGUGAGGGCCAGAGCCUGCCCAUGAUCUUCAUCAUGGCCCAGCCAAGUCCAGUUCUGCAGGCAAUAGUGAACCCUCCCAUGCUUUGGACGCUUCCUCUGACUCAGUCCUCACCAGAGCCAAUGCCCAUUCCUGCAGGGGGUCUCAAACCUAUUCACACAGGGCUCUGGCCAACAUCCCAAGAACGACCAUGGCAGGAGAACAAUCUGCACACUAUGCCAGCAGAAAAAUGCCUCCCACACAUCCCUCAGCCACCCCUUGCCAGUCCUGCAGAGCCCCUGCCACUGCUGGACCCAGUGAAGACCUGCACUUAUGCCAGGCCAGAAUGGGCCCAGGCAUCCUCAGCUCAAGUCACCAGUGAGAAGCCUGUGGAUGGGGCCAUGCUGCAGCCUGCACAGGCUGACACACUUAUCUGCCCCCCUCAUCUGGCCCCCUCAAAUGAAGAGCUGUGCCCUCCCAUUGACCUGCAGCAGAACAAGCCCUCAGCCUUCCAGGGCUCAUCAAACCUCCUUGAGGAAAUUAUGGCAGCUGCAGGCAUUCUGCCUGAGGCAGGGCCUCUUCCAGAUGUGGAUGAACAGGAAGAGCUUCCCCUAGGAGACCUGGAAGCACCCCUCAGUGAGGAAGAUUUCCAGGCCCUCCUCGACAUGCUGUCAAGCUCCCCAGACAUCCUUCGGCAAGCCUUUGAGCUGGAACGAUACCCAGGCAUUGCCGCCAGGGAAGAACUGGCACGUCAAACAGGGAUUCCAGAACCUCAGAUUCUGGUGUGGUUUCAGAACCGACGAGCUCGGCACCCAGAGCAGAAGGGAAGUGGGUCUGCCAAUGUGCCCGGAGUAGACCCCAAUUCUGCAAAAGGCCUACCACUUCCAUCGGACCAGGGCAUGCCAACCACUGCCCACAGCAGCCCUACUCACAGUGCUCCUCCUCCUCCCUCUAACCCACCAAGGGAGAACAUGCUGUCCAUCACCCCCAUGGUGGCCACUGCUGCGAUCGCCCCCAAAUUCAUAGUUCCUGGGGCUCCCACAGCAGGCUGUGAGGGCCAGAGCCUGCCCAUGAUCUUCAUCAUGGCCCAGCCAAGUCCAGUUCUGCAGCCACCCCUUGCCAGUCCUGCAGAGCCCCUGCCACUGCUGGACCCAGUGAAGACCUGCACUUAUGCCAGGCCAGAAUGGGCCCAGGCAUCCUCAGCUCAAGUCACCAGUGAGAAGCCUGUGCAUGGGGCCAUGCUGCAGCCUGCACAGGCUGACACACUUAUCUGCCCCCCUCAUCUGGCCCCCUCAAAUGAAGAGCUGUGCCCUCCCAUUGACCUGCAGCAGAACAAGCCCUCAGCCUUCCAGGGCUCAUCAAACCUCCUUGAGGAAAUUAUGGCAGCUGCAGGCAUUCUGCCUGAGGCAGGGCCUCUUCCAGAUGUGGAUGAACAGGAAGAGCUUCCCCUAGGAGACCUGGAAGCACCCCUCAGUGAGGAAGAUUUCCAGGCCCUCCUCGACAUGCUGUCAAGCUCCCCAGACAUCCUUCGGCAAGCCUUUGAGCUGGAACGAUACCCAGGCAUUGCCGCCAGGGAAGAACUGGCACGUCAAACAGGGAUUCCAGAACCUCAGAUUCUGGUGUGGUUUCAGAACCGACGAGCUCGGCACCCAGAGCAGAAGGGAAGUGGGUCUGCCAAUGUGCCCGGAGUAGACCCCAAUUCUGCAAAAGGCCUACCACUUCCAUCGGACCAGGGCAUGCCAACCACUGCCCACAGCAGCCCUACUCACAGUGCUCCUCCUCCUCCCUCUAACCCACCAAGGGAGAACAUGCUGUCCAUCACCCCCAUGGUGGCCACUGCUGCGAUCGCCCCCAAAUUCAUAGUUCCUGGGGCUCCCACAGCAGGCUGUGAGGGCCAGAGCCUGCCCAUGAUCUUCAUCAUGGCCCAGCCAAGUCCAGUUCUGCAGGCAAUAGUGAACCCUCCCAUGCUUUGGACGCUUCCUCUGACUCAGUCCUCACCAGGGCCAAUGCCCAUUCCUGCAGGGGGUCUCAAACCUAUUCACACAGGGCUCUGGCCAACAUCCCAAGAACGACCAUGGCAGGAGAACAAUCUGCACACUAUGCCAGCAGAAAAAUGCCUCCCACACAUCCCUCAGCCACCCCUUGCCAGUCCUGCAGAGCCCCUGCCACUGCUGGACCCAGUGAAGACCUGCACUUAUGCCAGGCCAGAAUGGGCCCAGGCAUCCUCAGCUCAAGUCACCAGUGAGAAGCCUGUGGAUGGGGCCAUGCUGCAGCCUGCACAGGCUGACACACUUAUCUGCCCCCCUCAUCUGGCCCCCUCAAAUGAAGAGCUGUGCCCUCCCAUUGACCUGCAGCAGAACAAGCCCUCAGCCUUCCAGGGCUCAUCAAACCUCCUUGAGGAAAUUAUGGCAGCUGCAGGCAUUCUGCCUGAGGCAGGGCCUCUUCCAGAUGUGGAUGAACAGGAAGAGCUUCCCCUAGGAGACCUGGAAGCACCCCUCAGUGAGGAAGAUUUCCAGGCCCUCCUCGACAUGCUGUCAAGCUCCCCAGACAUCCUUCGGCAAGCCUUUGAGCUGGAACGAUACCCAGGCAUUGCCGCCAGGGAAGAACUGGCACGUCAAACAGGGAUUCCAGAACCUCAGAUUCUGGUGUGGUUUCAGAACCGACGAGCUCGGCACCCAGAGCAGAAGGGAAGUGGGUCUGCCAAUGUGCCCGGAGUAGACCCCAAUUCUGCAAAAGGCCUACCACUUCCAUCGGACCAGGGCAUGCCAACCACUGCCCACAGCAGCCCUACUCACAGUGCUCCUCCUCCUCCCUCUAACCCACCAAGGGAGAACAUGCUGUCCAUCACCCCCAUGGUGGCCACUGCUGCGAUCGCCCCCAAAUUCAUAGUUCCUGGGGCUCCCACAGCAGGCUGUGAGGGCCAGAGCCUGCCCAUGAUCUUCAUCAUGGCCCAGCCAAGUCCAGUUCUGCAGGCAAUAGUGAACCCUCCCAUGCUUUGGAUGCUUCCUCUGACUCAGUCCUCACCAGGGCCAAUGCCCAUUCCUGCAGGGGGUCUCAAACCUAUUCACACAGGGCUCUGGCCAACAUCCCAAGAACGACCAUGGCAGGAGAACAAUCUGCACACUAUGCCAGCAGAAAAAUGCCUCCCACAUAUCCCUCAGCCACCCCUUGCCAGUCCUGCAGAGCCCCUGCCACUGCUGGACCCAGUGAAGACCUGCACUUAUGCCAGGCCAGAAUGGGCCCAGGCAUCCUCAGCUCAAGUCACCAGUGAGAAGCCUGUGCAUGGGGCCAUGCUGCAGCCUGCACAGGCUGACACACUUAUCUGCCCCCCUCAUCUGGCCCCCUCAAAUGAAGAGCUGUGCCCUCCCAUUGACCUGCAGCAGAACAAGCCCUCAGCCUUCCAGGGCUCAUCAAACCUCCUUGAGGAAAUUAUGGCAGCUGCAGGCAUUCUGCCUGAGGCAGGGCCUCUUCCAGAUGUGGAUGAACAGGAAGAGCUUCCCCUAGGAGACCUGGAAGCACCCCUCAGUGAGGAAGAUUUCCAGGCCCUCCUCGACAUGCUGUCAAGCUCCCCAGACAUCCUUCGGCAAGCCUUUGAGCUGGAACGAUACCCAGGCAUUGCCGCCAGGGAAGAACUGGCACGUCAAACAGGGAUUCCAGAACCUCAGAUUCUGGUGUGGUUUCAGAACCGACGAGCUCGGCACCCAGAGCAGAAGGGAAGUGGGUCUGCCAAUGUGCCCGGAGUAGACCCCAAUUCUGCAAAAGGCCUACCACUUCCAUCGGACCAGGGCAUGCCAACCACUGCCCACAGCAGCCCUACUCACAGUGCUCCUCCUCCUCCCUCUAACCCACCAAGGGAGAACAUGCUGUCCAUCACCCCCAUGGUGGCCACUGCUGCGAUCGCCCCCAAAUUCAUAGUUCCUGGGGCUCCCACAGCAGGCUGUGAGGGCCAGAGCCUGCCCAUGAUCUUCAUCAUGGCCCAGCCAAGUCCAGUUCUGCAGGCAAUAGUGAACCCUCCCAUGCUUUGGACGCUUCCUCUGACUCAGUCCUCACCAGGGCCAAUGCCCAUUCCUGCAGGGGGUCUCAAACCUAUUCACACAGGGCUCUGGCCAACAUCCCAAGAACGACCAUGGCAGGAGAACAAUCUGCACACUAUGCCAGCAGAAAAAUGCCUCCCACACAUCCCUCAGCCACCCCUUGCCAGUCCUGCAGAGCCCCUGCCACUGCUGGACCCAGUGAAGACCUGCACUUAUGCCAGGCCAGAAUGGGCCCAGGCAUCCUCAGCUCAAGUCACCAGUGAGAAGCCUGUGGAUGGGGCCAUGCUGCAGCCUGCACAGGCUGACACACUUAUCUGCCCCCCUCAUCUGGCCCCCUCAAAUGAAGAGCUGUGCCCUCCCAUUGACCUGCAGCAGAACAAGCCCUCAGCCUUCCAGGGCUCAUCAAACCUCCUUGAGGAAAUUAUGGCAGCUGCAGGCAUUCUGCCUGAGGCAGGGCCUCUUCCAGAUGUGGAUGAACAGGAAGAGCUUCCCCUAGGAGACCUGGAAGCACCCCUCAGUGAGGAAGAUUUCCAGGCCCUCCUCGACAUGCUGUCAAGCUCCCCAGACAUCCUUCGGCAAGCCUUUGAGCUGGAACGAUACCCAGGCAUUGCCGCCAGGGAAGAACUGGCACGUCAAACAGGGAUUCCAGAACCUCAGAUUCUGGUGUGGUUUCAGAACCGACGAGCUCGGCACCCAGAGCAGAAGGGAAGUGGGUCUGCCAAUGUGCCCGGAGUAGACCCCAAUUCUGCAAAAGGCCUACCACUUCCAUCGGACCAGGGCAUGCCAACCACUGCCCACAGCAGCCCUACUCACAGUGCUCCUCCUCCUCCCUCUAACCCACCAAGGGAGAACAUGCUGUCCAUCACCCCCAUGGUGGCCACUGCUGCGAUCGCCCCCAAAUUCAUAGUUCCUGGGGCUCCCACAGCAGGCUGUGAGGGCCAGAGCCUGCCCAUGAUCUUCAUCAUGGCCCAGCCAAGUCCAGUUCUGCAGGCAAUAGUGAACCCUCCCAUGCUUUGGACGCUUCCUCUGACUCAGUCCUCACCAGGGCCAAUGCCCAUUCCUGCAGGGGGUCUCAAACCUAUUCACACAGGGCUCUGGCCAACAUCCCAAGAACGACCAUGGCAGGAGAACAAUCUGCACACUAUGCCAGCAGAAAAAUGCCUCCCACACAUCCCUCAGCCACCCCUUGCCAGUCCUGCAGAGCCCCUGCCACUGCUGGACCCAGUGAAGACCUGCACUUAUGCCAGGCCAGAAUGGGCCCAGGCAUCCUCAGCUCAAGUCACCAGUGAGAAGCCUGUGCAUGGGGCCAUGCUGCAGCCUGCACAGGCUGACACACUUAUCUGCCCCCCUCAUCUGGCCCCCUCAAAUGAAGAGCUGUGCCCUCCCAUUGACCUGCAGCAGAACAAGCCCUCAGCCUUCCAGGGCUCAUCAAACCUCCUUGAGGAAAUUAUGGCAGCUGCAGGCAUUCUGCCUGAGGCAGGGCCUCUUCCAGAUGUGGAUGAACAGGAAGAGCUUCCCCUAGGAGACCUGGAAGCACCCCUCAGUGAGGAAGAUUUCCAGGCCCUCCUCGACAUGCUGUCAAGCUCCCCAGGUCCUUGUCCUUAG